CAUCCACUAGUAACCUCCACAAAGAAUCUCUGUACGAAUUCCAUAAGCGUUUGUCCGCCUAAAAGCACAAUGCCACGACCACAGCAGGGAAUCGUUUAUAUGCCUACCCUAAUACUUACCCAGCACCAUCAUUUGCUCAAGUUGAAUCGUAUAUUCACCUCACAAGUAAUAUCCUCACUCAUAUUCUCAUAAAACCAAUCAUGCCAAAAAUCUACAUUUGCUCUACUGGAGGGCCUGGCUGCAACCAAACUUUUGACAGGCGCGUUGACCUCAAGAGACACGAAGCCAUGCAUCCAAAAAAUAAGUACAUCUGCACCUGGCCUGGGUGUAACUUUGCGACACUGAUUAAAAAAAGCUAUGGCAUCCAUUCUGAUAAACAUGCGGGCAAGCAACGCCACAACUGCCCUCACGAUGAUUGUGACUUUAAAACUCACAAUCCUUCCCUCCUCACGGCCCACCGCAAAAACAUACAUAAGCAUGUUCCUUUGCCGCGCAGUCAUGUUGCACGCCCUGUAAUAGGAUCAUACGAGGCCCACUCGUCAUCCCAGCCUACGGUACAGCCGCUCCCCCCUGCACAGCCCCUGCCCUUUGGCUACCAAUACGAACCCCAAGUCAUGCAACCGGAACCUAUGCCACCCCGACCUAUGCAAUUCCACCCCACCCAAUACCAAUACCAACCCGAAGCCACUCAAUACGAAACCCAAGUCAUGGAACCGGAAUCCAUGCCCAUGCAAUUAAACCUCGCUCAAUACCAAUACCAACCCGAAAUUACUCAUUACGAACCUCAAGUCAUGGAACCGGAACCCAUACCACCCCGACCCAUGCAAUUCUACCCUACCCAAUACCAACCCGAACUUGCUCAAUACGAACCUCAAAUCAUGGAACCGGAACCCAUUCCACCCCGACCCAUGCAAUUCCACCCCACCCAAUACCAACCUGAACCCACUCAAUACGAACCUCCCCAACCUGACCCCAACCAGUUGUUGGGAGUCAUAUAUGGCUCAACAGAUACCGCGGACGACUACCAUGUACACCGGAUCCGCGAUGGCCCCCAAUGGGUGGACUGAGGGGUGCAUGUGUCCUGAAUUGAUGUAGAGACGCCCUUCGGAGAUGCUGGAGUAUGAGUAUAGGUGUGAUUAGUCUCGAGAAUCAAGAAUCACUUUGUGGUACCAUUUCUUUCUUUCUUGGUGACGGUUUCUCUUCGGUUGUUCGUUCGUUUAUGUAUCAUGAUUCAUGAUGGACUCUGAGCGCCCUUCCACUCGUUGACGUGUUUUAUUUAUCACUUUGCGAUGUUUUCCCUAGAG